AUGCCUGGGCUCCUGCCGUGUGACAGUUCAUACUGUUCAUCCCUCUCCGCACCCCGCCCUACAGUCUCCAAGAGGACGUCACAUGAUUGGGCGGAGAUGCAGUCGUUUCCGACGCCCGGUUUCUCCCGAUCUGUCCGCAUCGGGAUCAGUCUUGUCCGCUUUGGGUUCACCGGGCAUGAUCAGGUCGAUGGAGCGGGAAACUGCAAGUCUUCGGGAGUUUACGGAAUCCAUGGUCGAAUUGGACGGAAAACCGGGCAUGUUAAACUGUUGAAGUCUGACGAGCGGGCCAGGAUGACGACGGAGGAACUGGCGGUCGGCCUUGUGCCUGUUGAUCUCCGAGCCCCCAUACACUAUGAUGAUGGUGACUAUGCACAAUACUACGGAGUACUCCCCUAUGGAGCGACGUCGAAGCGUCCUAUGUCCUUCGUUUACGGUUUUAGAUCUGCUUUGCUCGUUGAAGCCCAAUAUCAUUGUGGCCUGACGAUGCUCUGCCUCACCUGA